AUGGAAAUGAAUGCGUAUCCAGGGGAUGAAAAACUCCCCGUAAGCCCUCAAGUACAGACACCGCUGAGCUCAAAUCUAAAUAUCAGGACGAUGCCCAUUAUCCCAGCUAAUUUCUCAUCGUCGUUUUUCCUGUUUAGCAGCAUAGAUUCUUACGCAAGAUAUAAUGAUCAAGAUUAUAAAAAGUGUGAAUUAGACCCAGAAGGUAUGGGGAUUCCGUUGUUUCAAGUUCGUUUUCGAAGUUUCAAGAAGGAAUCUAUGUUGAUAGAGAAAUAUGUUUUAUUAGAUGCUAGCGAUUCUCCACCGAAAGCACCAUACAGGAUUAAGAAGCAGGAUGGAAACUUGAUUCUCUACAAAGUUGAAUACUGUAAAGUUUACCUGCGUUAUUAUAGUAACUAUUCUGCAUGGGAAGUUGUUUUUUUAGACCCACUUACUCGCUUGGGGAAAUAUGAAUUUUUGCAUAAUGUUGGAACUAAACUGAGCUUUUGUGGUACCGCAGAUGGAUUUGAUUUGUCCUGGAGGGCGAUUGACAGCUCAGUUUGGGGGGAACAUGAACUUUUCGCCAACUACGAUGAUAUUCAUCGACUAGUUACUUACGAUUCUUUGCCAGAUUCAGAACCAAGGGAUGAGAAUUGCAAGAAUAAACCGUUGUCCCCUCGGGGAAUAUACCUUAGAAAUUGGAAAAGUUCAAAGUUGAGGAACAGUUGUAAUAUUCUUUCCUUCCUGGAACCAGGAGAUGCUUCUGGUUUGGGCAUUCGUUCUGUACCACCGGUAACGGAAUUUCUAUCAAUACAUGGAAUACUGCUACAUUGCCGUAUCGUAGCCUUAAUACAAGAAGCGCAGUCUAGAGAGGCAGCUGAAAGAAGAAGAAGAGCAAUGAAUUCGUCGAUGAAUAUGUCAAUGGCUUCAGCUGGUGCUAUGGCUGGCUCGGGUUGUUGCUGUUGA